AUGGAUGAAGAAUCGUUGAUGAAUCCGCCUGUCUCCGAGCUAGGUUUUGCUUUUACCCGAUCUGAGGAAGCGGCAUCUGUUGAUGAAUGGUUAUACAAUGGCGGUCCUUAUAAGUUAGUGUUUUACGCCUUACUUGGUGUAGCUUGUUACAUGGGUCGUAAAUGGGAACUUAGUUUCCGUCUGGGUAUGCGCCCUUGGAUCGCUGUUGCAUAUUCAGCUCCUGUUGUGCUACCGCUGUUUCUUGAUCUAUCAAUUGGUCAAGGAAGUUUUCUGAUAGGUAUGCCCCUAGGAAUCUCUGGUACUUUCAACUUCAUGAUUGUCGGGCUGAACACAACAUCCUUAUGCAUCCGUUUACACAUGUUAGGCGUAGCUGGUAUUCAGCGGCUCCUAUUCAGUGCUAUGCAUGGUUCCUUGCUGCUUGGCCUCUUAGUAGUAUCUGGUUCACCGCUUUGGGUAUUAGCACUAUGGCUUUCCUAA